CACUCUUCGUCCCAUUCACCUGCUGCCGAACCUCCAUCAUGUCUCCGACGCCAUUGCGAUGUCUCGCGCAACAGCUCGGCAGCCAGAGCUCCAAACGCACCUUUGCAACAUCACGUCGAGCGCUGGCAGAUUAUGUGAGAAUAGUUGAAGUAGGUCCCAGAGAUGGGCUGCAGAACGAGAAGACUAGUAUUGCGCCCGAGACCAAGAUCGAACUGGUCCAUAGGCUGGCGAAGACAGGCUUAAGAACGAUCGAGGCCGGGUCAUUCGUGCAUCCAAAAUGGGUGCCACAGAUGGCAGCGUCCGACAAAGUCCUCUCCUCGAUCCUGUCAGCACCACCGCCAGGCGAUGUCACCUACCAGUGGCUGCUCCCCAACAUGAAGGGCUUAGACAACUACUUCAAAGUGAUGAAUACCUCAUCCUCAGCUCCUGACGGGUAUCCUACACCUCCACCAUCACCGACCAGUACCGACGACGGCCCUGCCUUGAACACGUCGAGCCAAGAUCCAAACGCUAUGCCAUCUGCGACCUCGGGAGUGGAGGCAAUGUCAAAAGCAAAGACUGGGGGCCAGAGGCACGAAGUUUCAAUAUUCAUGGCAGCGACCGAAUCUUUCUCUAAGAAGAAUACGAAUUGCAGUAUACAGGAGUCAUUGGAUCGAUUCGCUCCAUUGAUUGCGGAGAGCAGCAAGGCGGGCUAUCCCGUACGUGCAUAUAUCUCAGUCGCUUUGGGCUGUCCGUUCGAGGGACCCAAUGUAGAUCCGCAUCGCGUGGCAGAGUUGGCAGCCUCACUUCUUGAACUAGGAGCAGACGAGAUCAGCGUAGCAGAUACCACAGGCAUGGGAACAGCUCCUGCGACCAAGAAGCUGCUUCAGACUUUGAAAGAGGCGGGUGUACAAAACGAGGAUAUUGCGAUGCAUUUCCAUGACACGUUUGGACAAGCGCUCAUCAACACCAUGGUGUCGCUUGACCACGGCGUCAGGACUUUCGAUUCGGCAGUCGGUGGACUCGGUGGAUGCCCAUACAGUCCCGGAGCUACAGGUAAUGUAGCAACCGAGGAUCUCGUAUAUUGCCUACAUAGUCUUGGAGCGAAUACUGGGCUUGAUCUCGAAGAGUUGAGCAGGAUCGGAAGUUGGAUAACUGCUCAGAUUGGCAAAACGAAUAGUUCGAGCGCAGGGAGGGCAACUCUAGCGCGUCUAUCUCGAGAAGGGAACGCGUAAAGCGUACUAAUGCAACGUAUUACAUUUCAUACUGUUCCAGGUUCUGGUCGCGAUACUCCUGUGUAUCAUGCGUAUUAGGCGCGCGAGGUCACACGUUUGUUCGGGCUUGAUUGUCGAACGUGGUAAUCACGCGCCAACGAGAUCAGACCUCGCUGUGCAGACAUUGGUAAACACGAGAGGCUCUCGCUUCACCUUCAUUCUC